AUGAGGUGUCCUCACACAGACUUCACCCUCAUUCGAGUGGCUUGUAGGGAGUAUGGGGCCGGGCCUUUCCACGUGCGCCAGUGCACCCCUGACGCCCAGCCUAUGUUGUCCCCCGCUGGGUGCCAGUCUCCGUGGAGGUUGGCUGAGCCACAACGGCUGAACCACCAGCCGCCCCCACCCUCUGAUGAGCUACAUUCGCGCUCAGCGAUGUCUCCAAAGAUGCACGGGGAGCAGCCGUCAUUGUCUUGGUCCUUUGUGCUGAAUCCAAAGCCUUUCUGGUCAAUGCCACUGUAUGCUCUGCAUCUAUCAGGCAAAAUGUUCACCUUUCACACUGCUAGAGUCAAACUCCAACCAUCACAAAAUAAUUUCAGCUCUGUGACAGUCUGCCUCUGGUUCCUUACUCAACUUGCUCGAGACUACUCUCUCUUUUCUUUGGCAUCCGAUGCCAGUGCCAAGGACUUUGUAAUCGCCUGGUACUCCAUUUGUGCCACCUGGGAAUCCAACUCUGGAUUGUCUCGGGUCUGGAUCAAUGGGAAUCCAAGUGCAAGGAAGGUUGGAUUCAAAGGUACUCUGGAUAAAAAUCCAACUAUCAUCCUGGGUCAAGAGCAGGACAGUGUGGAUGGAGGGUAUGAUUCUAGCCAGUCAUUCUUAGGGAAGAUGACUGAUGUACAUUUGUGGGACUAUGUCAUCUCUGCUUGUGAGAGCCUGUGGUUUGCUAACAACUUGAAUUUCACCCCUGGUAAUGUCCUCAACUGGAAGGCCCUUGAUUUCACCAUCACUGGAGAUGUUACAGUUGAGGACACGGGUUAA